AUGGAUGAGGAGUUACCAGAUGGGGUUGUCUUCAAAGACCACAACUUCUCCUCCGACUUGCUGAGACAGCUCAACAGCUUAAGGCAAAGCAAGAUCCUGACGGAUGUGAGCAUCUGCUCGGGAGCCUGGGAGGUCCCUUGCCACCGCAAUGUGCUGGCCUCCAGCAGCCCCUACUUCAAGGCCAUGUUCUGUAGUCACUUCCGGGAGAGCAGAGAGGCCAAAGUGCAGCUGCAAGGCAUCAAUGCCACGACUCUAGAACAGGUCAUCACGUAUGCGUACACGGGAGAGGUGCACAUCUCCGCUGCCAACGUCCUCCCACUGAUGGAGGCAGCCGCCAUGCUGCAGUACCCCAGGGUGUUCGAGGCCUGCUCAUCAUACCUGCAGAGCCAGCUGACCCCCGGCAACUGCCUGGGCCUGGUCAGACUCGCAGAAAUUCUGAGCUGUGAGAGCCUGAAGAAGAAAGCCAGGGAGGUGGCCCUGACUUGCUUCCCGGAGGUAGCAGCAUCAGCCGACCUGAAGGAGCUCUGUGCCACAGAGUUGAGACACUACCUAGGAGAUGACGCACUCUGCGGAGAGGAGGAAGCGGUGUUUGAGGCCCUCAUGGCUUGGGUCAAGCACGACCUCAAGACCCGGUGGCAGCACAUGCAGGAGCUGUUGCAGCAGGUCCGCCUGCAGUACAUCCACCCAGCCUUUUUCCACCACUUCAUUGCCAGCGAUGCGCUUCUCCAGUCCUCGCCCGCCUGCCAGGCCAUCCUGGAGACAGCCAGCAAGCAGAUAUUCUCUUUGUACAGCCCCAGUGCCCAGGACUGUGAACUUCUGCGGCACAUCCCCCCAAGGAACUCCUACCAAGACUUCCUCCUCCUCCUGGGGGGACGGAAGGACAGCCAGCAGACCACCAGGGACGUCUUGCUCUACAGUGUACGGACGGGUCAGUGGCAGAGCCUGGCCAAACUCCCCGCGCGGUUGUACAAGGCCUCCGCCGUCACCUUGCACCGCAGUGUCUAUGUGCUUGGGGGCAUGGUUGUCAGAGAGGGGAAGAGUCUCAUCAGUAGCAGUGUCUACAUCUUCUCUCUGAAGCUCAACCAGUGGAGGCUGGGGCAUCCCAUGCUGACAGCCCGCUACUCUCACAGGGGCACCACCCACAGGAACUUCAUCUUCUCCAUUGGGGGCACCGGAGAAGGGCAGGAGCUCCUGGGCUCCAUGGAGAGGUACGACAGUGUCCAUGAUGUCUGGGAGAGCAUGGCUAACAUGCCAGUGGCUGUGCUCCACCCUGCCGUGGCAGUGAAGGACCAAAGGCUCUAUCUUUUCGGGGGUGAGGACGUCAUGCAGAAUCCUGUGCGCCUUAUCCAGGUUUACCACAUUUCCAGAAACACAUGGUUUAAGAUGGAGACGAGGAUGAUCAAGAAUGUGUGCGCCCCCGCAGUGGUACUGGGAGAAAGGAUUGUCAUUGUGGGAGGUUACACAAGGAGGAUUCUUGCUUAUGACCCUCGGUCCAACAAAUUUGUCAAAUGUGCAGACAUGAAGGACCGCAGGAUGCACCAUGGGGCCACAGUGAUGGGGAACAAGCUGUAUGUGACAGGUGGGCGGAGGCUGACCACGGACUGCAACAUUGAGGACUCAGCCUCCUUUGACUGCUAUGACCCCGAGAUGGACACCUGGACGUCCCAGGGACAGCUACCUCACAGACUCUUUGACCACGCCUGCCUGACUCUCCAGUGCAUACCCCACACAGCCAGCCUCACAUGA